AUGGCGUUCAUGGUGAAGAGCAUGGUGGGGGGGCAGCUGAAGAACCUGACGGGCGGCCUGGGCGGCGAGGAGAAGAGCGAGGGCGAGAAGUCUCCGGCCGAGGCGCAGGGCAUGACCCGUGAGGAGUACGAGGAAUAUCAACGGCAGCUGGUGGAGGAAAAGAUGGAGAGAGAUGCCCAGUUUGCCCAGCGCAAGGCGGAGAGGGCCACGUUCAGGUCCCACUUCCGAGACAAGUACAGGCUCCCCAAGAACGAAACGGAUGACAACCAGAUCCAACUGGUGGGAGGUGACGUGGAGCUGCCCAAAGAGCUGGCCAAGAUGAUCGAGCAGGACAACGAGGAGGAGGAAGAGAAGAAUUCGGUUAUCGGCCAGCUCAGCAACAUCCAGAACCUGGACCUUGAUUCCUUGAAAGACAAAGCUUCGGCCACGCUAGAGGACCUGAAGCAAUCGGCUGAGAAGUGCGCCGUGAUGUGA